AUAAAAUAAUAAAAAAAAGAAAGGGCGAAGUUAACCGCCAGGAGUGAAGACCAGCACCAUUAAAGUUAAGCUUGUACAAUUCUAUUGUAAUGCCCUUUGCUCUCAUUUCUUCUCCGUUUGGCUUUUGAGCCUCGUCAUCCCCAUCGCCAUCGCUUCACGAGGUUUCACUCUCUUCAGCAAUUUACAGCUGAUUCUUUGAUGGCGGACCUCAAAGAGCGGUUGCUUCCGCCGAAGCCUGCAUCUGCAAUAAACCUGAGGGAAUCUUCAUAUCGACCGUCGCCCUUUGGAAGGCAACCUUUUCAAGGAGUGGAUGUUGUGGGACUUAAGAAGCGUGGCCAAGGAAUUAGGUCUUGGAUUCGGGUUGACUCUUCUGGGGAUUCUCAGGUAAUUGAGGUUGACAAAUUUACCAUGAUGCGUCGCUGUGACUUACCUGCUCGUGAUCUGCGCCUGCUUGAUCCUCUCUUUGUUUAUCCUUCAACCAUCCUUGGCAGAGAGAGGGCUAUUGUUGUUAAUUUGGAACAAAUUCGGUGUAUCAUUACAGCAGAUGAGGUUUUAAUUCUGAAUUCCCUGGAUAGCUGUGUAUUGCAAUAUGUAAUGGAACUACAACGGCGAUUGACUCCAUCCGGGGUACCAGAGGUCUGGCAAACAGACAAUGCUGAUUUGAGUCGGAGGAGGGGAAGUAAAAGUUUUGACAAUGUUUUUGGAAAUACAUCUCCUGACUAUUUGCCCUUUGAGUUUAGCGCUUUGGAAGUUGCUUUAGAGGCUGCUUGCACUUUUCUUGAUUCUCAAGCAGCAGAGUUAGAAAUCGAAGCAUACCCGUUGUUGGAUGGAUUAACAUCGAAGAUCAGUACAUUAAACUUGGAACGGGUUCGUCGGUUGAAAAGCAGACUUGUUGCCUUGACUCGGAGAGUGCAGAAGGUUAGGGAUGAGAUAGAGCAACUCAUGGAUGAUGAUGGGGAUAUGGCUGAGAUGUAUCUCACUGAGAAGAAAAGUAGGAUGGAAACGUCAUUUUAUGGUGAUCAGUCUUUAAUGGGAUACAGAUCUAAUGAUUGUGCAUCUAUUUCUGCUCCCGUAUCUCCUGUCUCUUCACCCCCUGAGUCUAGAAGGCUUGAGAAGACCUUGAGCCUUGCAAGGAGUCGACAUGAGAGUAUGAGGAGUUCGGACAGCAAUACAGAAAGAAUAGAAGAGCUUGAGAUGUUGCUGGAAGCGUACUUUGUUGUUAUAGACAGCACUCUUAACAAGCUCACAUCGCUGAAGGAAUACAUUGAUGACACUGAAGAUUUCAUCAAUAUUCAGCUGGAUAAUGUUAGAAACCAGCUUAUUCAAUUUGAGCUACUUCUCACAACUGCAACAUUUGUGGUGGCCAUUUUCGGGGUGGUUGCAGGAAUCUUUGGCAUGAACUUCCCCAUAUCAUUGUUUGACAGUCCUGCGGCUUUUAAAUGGGUCCUCAUAAUUACCGGGAUAACAGGCAUGGCCAUAUUUUGUGUGUUUGUAUUGUUUUUCAAGCAUAGAAGGCUCAUGCCAUUGUAGGUGCUCUAAGACCCUUAAUUAAAAUGAUUUAAUUGAAAAUAAACAAAAUAUAAAAGAGGAAGAAUUUUGUUUC